CUCCCACCCUCCAGACCCAAGCGCUGUAUUCCAAGUCCGAUGGUCGGUACGUUGCAAUCUGCACUUGAGAUCGCUCCCAGGCUUCACCACUGGGGCUCGAGAUAGAGGUUCACCACUGGGGCUCGAGAUAGAGGUGCUCGACAUCUUCAACCUUGCCGGUGCGGAUUCUUGUGCGAUCCUUCCCUCCGGAAUCCAUAAAGCGCCGAUCUCGGAGUCACGAGUGCCAUUUGAUGACCGGAGGAAACAAAUCAAUGGAGGUUGAUUCAACAGAAGGAAGUAAUUUUCAAACACCAUCUUUAAAGAAAAAGCGCCUAGUUGCCAGGCCAGUUGCAGCUGGUUCAUCUGGUAAAGGCUUGCCUUAUGCUCCAGAGGAUUGGCCCUCUCCUGGAGAUAUAUGGCGGUGGAAGGUAGGGGUGAGGAAAACUUCUUCUGGCUACUGGGUUGAUAGAUACCUUUAUCCUCCUGCUCAUUUUCCCAGAGCUCCUGGCAAAAAGUUGGGACUUCCAAGUAGACUAUCAGUUGAAGAAUAUAUUCGGAAGGAAUUUCCUGAUAUGAGCAUUGAUGCUUUCUUUGCCUCUUUUAUCUGGAGGGUUCCUUCUGCUGAUUGCUCACCAGGAAAAGAUAUCAAGAAAAGCAUAAAUAUGUAUGCAUCUUCAAAUAGUUUAGAUGCUAGUGAAUGUUCUGGAUACAAAUCAGCUAUUAGGAAAGGGACUUGUAAAGCUGGAAAUAAGAUGUGCAGCCUCCAAGCGAAAACAAAAAGCUAUGGAUUGGCAGCCAAGGAAUGUGAUAUCUGCUGCAGUGAAGAUGGUUUCUGUCGUGACUGUUGUUGUAUUUUGUGCUGCAAAACUGUUGAUUGGACAUAUGGAGGUUAUAGUUUUAUCAGAUGUGAGGCAACUGUGGAUGAGAAUUAUAUCUGUGGGCAUGUUGCACAUGUUCAAUGUGCUCUUCGCUCUUACAUGGGUGGAACUGUUCAAGGUGACAUUGGUUUGGAUGUGGAAUAUUAUUGUAGACGUUGUGACAAUAGAACUGACCUAAUAUCACAUGUGACCAAGCUUAUAAGAACUUGUGAGUCUCUUGACUCUGGAGAUGAUAUUGAUAAAAUUCUAAAUUUGGGAUUCUGCAUCUUGCGUGGAUCAGGACAAAUGAGAGCAAAGAGUUUGCAUAAUCAGAUUGCAUUAGUCAUGGCUAAGCUUAAACAGGGUGUUCCUCUUGGUCAAAUCUGGAAGGUGGAAGACAGCAUCUCAACUAGUACUGCAGAUGAUGGCUCCCAUAAUGGCAAUGAGAUAAAAAUGUUAGAGGCAUUGGACAUUACAGGAAACAGACUCGCCAAGGAUAUCAGGAAUGAGGUUGAACUAUCACAAACAAAUGAUAUUGUUGAUGGGAGAGCUCAAAUGCCAGUAUACAUGACAUCAAAUCAUGGUAAUUUGUCUAUGAAGCUUGAAGAUGAUAUAGAUAAGAUGCUUCAAGAACUUAAAAAAUCACAGGAGUUGUUAUAUAGAGCAGUGGAGCAAAAGCUUUAUUCUCAAAAAGAUUAUAUCCUAAGUUUAUAUCGACAGCUUGACUCAGAAAGAUCGGCACUCGCAAAUCCUAUAUCUUUACCUAAUGGUGGUGAUUAUGACAAUCUUCUUGCCAAUGUUCUAGAAAGAGUGGAUCAAAUAAAGCAUGAGGAAGAAAAACUUGGGAAUAUGAUGAAAAUUGCUAAAGGAUUUGGACAAAUGCACAAAACUAUUAUUGGUGGACACUUUGGGUUAGCUAUUGAUGAUUGAACAAAGUCAGAUACAUGUAUGGCUGCUAGCAACUGCGUGAGAUGAACAGAUGUUUAGUUUGUUGAAGCUGCUUGGAGGGAAACUUAGUUCAUCAUUUUAGUUUUUUCAACCAUUUAUUUUAUCCGACCAUUUUUUGCAUGAGAUUAUCGAUUCAUGCUUAUUUUCUUGUAACUUGGGAGACAAGUUAUCCAUUUCUCUUAAAUGUUGUUGAGUUUGUAUUCUGGUUAUAAUUGUCAUUUGAGAUUGAGAUUUUGAGUGAAAUUCACUGGUUAUCCAUCCUUGAGAAUGUAGCUCUGGAAGUUUUUGUUUAGUUGAUAUGAAGGACUUUCAUAUUUUUGUAUUUGAAUAUAAUGGUGAAAUAUUUUUAGGAUAAUGUGGGAUUGGUAGUUGUGAUCUAUAUAUUUGAUUCUUAUGA